CCCAGUCGCCAGUCAGACAGUGAGCGCGUCGCAUCUUCGCACGCAUCGAACGGAACGGAACGGCAGCAGCAGCAGCGGCAGCAGCACUAGCAGCAGCGCGGGCGCGUUCAGUGGUUGUUGUUGUUGGAAACGGUCACACAGACACAGGCUCACCAAAUGAAAGACGGGUAAACCACAGUGAUAAAGACAAAGUGUUCAAGACAAAAAAAUGUUAUAAAUAAUCAUAGAUAUACAUACAUACUACAACAAACAACAACAAAAAAAAAAAACCAAAACAAAAACCAAAAAAUCAGUAAAUAAUUCAAACAAAUGGGAAAACUGAAAAACGCUGAAUGGAAAAAUCAGAGCAAUUUUUGGGCCUUAACCACAGAGAAGAUGUCCAGUCAAAGAUGCGCACAAUUAGCUUAAACUGACACAAGGAUGACGAGGGACAAGAACGAUGCCUAAAACCACAGCCAGAAUUUACAGAAUUAAGCAAAUGGAUAAUCAGAUGAAUAACCAAACAGCGAACGGAUAAAACGGAUAACGCGGACAAAACGCAACCAGCAAAAACUACGAAACAUUUUAACAACUUUAAUAGCUCGUACUCGUAAAUGUGGCACACAUCAGAUCAACAUUCAGCAUCUCACAUCCAACAUCAGAAAGGAGCCUUACAAAACACCAAAGCAACAUUUGUGCUGUGCUUAAAUUAUAGUCAACAAUCAAACAACAAAUUAACUACAAAUUAAAGAAGAACGAACGAUUGAACGAUUGAACGAACGAACGAACAGCCAGACAUCAAUGCGCGUAAUUAUUAAAAUUAUAAAAUUAAUUAACAAAGAUAUAUACUAAAUAAUCAUUAUUCUUCCAAUUUCGAGUAAAUCGAAUCGAUAUUUAAAGUUAGUAGCAAAUUAAUUACCAAAACAUAAACUUAAAUAACAAGUUCGUUAAAGCCUUUGCGAUUCAAGUUAGGGCAUACAAAAAGAGAGAGAGAAAACAAAACAGAGUUGUGAAUCUUAAAGAAAAAGAGAACCAAAGCAGAACAGAACCGUUGAACAGAACAAAACAGAACAUACAUAGAGAGUACAUAAUAAAUUGUACGCAAUUAGUAGGUUUUAAAUCCAGAGACAUUUUAAUCAAAACUUUUAAACGAGCUUCAAACACACUCCUCUCAAGACAUGCCCCACAGAAACCACACACGAGCCGAACAUUAUCCUUAACCUUAACCAGAGCCAGAGCCAGAGCCAGCCCACGGCUACGGUUACGGCUACGGCUACUACAGGAGGGUUGUAAUAGAAACACAACACGAGGCAGGCCAGGCAGGCAAGGCAGCCCAAAUAACAAGAACAAUCAAAUUACACACACAAUCGGCCCGUGUGCCGACUGUGGCGCCGUUUGGCUCUGUGCCAGCGCCUAAAUUUAUACAAAUUUGGACCUCCAAGGCGCCCAGUGGCAUACAAGGACAGCGACGACCUUCGCGUGUGCAAGCGUCGGCGGUUGCACAAUAAAGGACGCCACUCACACACACACACACAGACACAGACACACCCACGAACACACUUAGACACACAGAGUAACACAUACCCUUAGACAUAUAUAGGAAACCCCUACCCCCUCCACCGAGAGUAGACUUCAUAUGGGUGGCCGCCAUGACCGGAAGUGAGCUACGGUCACGUCCACUGGCCUUUGCAUAACAAUCAGCAGCAGAAGCAGCAGAAGCAGCAGCAGCAGCAGCAGCACUAGCAGCAGGAAGAACAUCCGAAAGGGAGGGAGAGAAAAGCCAACCUUGAGGGAAAACUUUCACUCGCUGUGGCUGGCAAAAAUGCAGGAAAUGAGCUACCUGCAGGAUAAUUCCAAAGUGGAGGCCCUCACCAAAGCCGUGCUCAUCUCCAUACUGGGCGUGGCGAUAGUGCUCUCCAAUCUCCUCAUCAUUGCCACCUAUGCCAAUUUCAAGGGUCCCACAGAGGUUAUCAAUUACUAUCUGCUGUCCCUGGCCAUAGCCGAUCUGCUAUGCGGCCUCCUGGUUGUGCCGUUCUCCGUGUAUCCCGCCCUCACGGGCGAGUGGAUGUACGGGGACAUACUUUGCCGCUUCACGGGCUACCUGGAGGUGACCCUUUGGGCGGUGUCCGUAUACACAUUCAUGUGGAUAUCGGUGGAUCGCUAUCUGGCGGUGCGCAAGCCCCUGCGCUAUGAGACGGUGCAGACAAAAACGCGCUGCCAGUGCUGGAUGGUGUUCACCUGGAUAUCCGCUGGACUGCUGUGCUGCCCGCCCAUUCUGGGCUACACGAAGCCGAUCGAGAACAAUCUAUCGCACAUCUGCAUGCUGGACUGGGGCAACAUGGCGGCGUACAGUGCCACACUGGCGAUAUUAGUUUUAGGUCCCAGCCUCAUAUCGAUCGUACACAACUACGGCUAUAUCUUUGUAAUGAUGCGUAAAAUAAGAUCGGGCGAGCCAAUACACGAUAAAGAAUAUGCAACUGCUCUGGCUGAAAAUUUGUCAAACCCUAGUCAUAUGAUGUCAUUCGCAUUAGUCUUUGCAUUCUGGAUGUCCUGGCUGCCAUGGAUCUCAGUGAGGCUGUAUGAGGUGGUCACGGGCGACGUUAUCCAAAGUACUCUUAUCAAUUUCGCAGUCGUUUGGAUUGGCAUAUUGAAUUCAUUUUGGAAAAUUCUGAUCAUGACCAGUAUGUCGCCGCAAUUUCGUAUCGCUUUGAGAGUAUUUUGCUUAACCAUUUGUUGUAAGACUAAGGGCCGUUUGCAAGCUGAGCUAAUCGGGUUGGACCCAGAUGACUAGAGUUAGAUUUAGAUUUUCAUUACCUCAAAUCCCUAUGCCCCCGUUCAAAUAUCCCCCCAAAACAAAAAACAAAACCCCCAUCCCGAAAUCCCUUUAAAGCAAACUUAAAAAUUCCCGCAAGUAAAAUUGGUUGUAAUUGCAUCUUGAGCCAUCUCUCUAUCUCUGUCUCUGUCCAAGUCUAUGUCUCUGAAAAUAAACAGAACAGUACAGAACUGAACAGAACAGAAAUACACACACUCUUUCCUUACUUGCUGUUUGCCAUAUAGUUGCAUAUUUACGAAGGCCCGUUUGGCAAUACGUGACAUAAUGAAAUGAAUGCCAACACUCCACUUCACUCCACUCACUCGAACAACAGUCACAGUCACAGUCACAGCCACAGUCACAGCACCACUCAGCCAUUGAGCCACUGAGUCAAUCAGCCACUCAACCACCACACAGCCAUAGACACCACACAGCCAUAGACAGCACACAGACAAAAGUUGAAAGACAUUUUCAUACCUACUCGUAUAUCCUAGUCGGUAAGCUAGACUAAGAGUUUUUAGCGGUAUCUAAUUAUGAUUGAUUAAUUGACUAAUGCAUUGAUUGAUUGAUUGACCGAUUAUUAUGUAUUGUGUAUUUAUGAGCUUAAUACGUAUAUAUAUACAUAUAUAUACACCUACAUAUGCCUAAGUAUAUUCGAUUCGAUUCGAUUGGAUUGACUUAUCUCUACUAUAUACAUAGAUCCAAACCACGCCCCUAGUUUAGCAACGAUUCUAAUUCCGAUCGUAGACGAGAGACAAUUCACAAUUCAGGAAACGGCUAGCAGCACUUCCGUUUCCGGUUUACAGUUCAACUAGAGUUUUGCUAACCAAAAAUCAUAGCGCUACUUACUACUAUGUAAAUCUGUCGAGAUUAGAGAUUCGAUUAUUUAAAGCGUACUCGUAUUGUAUGCAAAAGUUCUACAAGAAAACAAAAACAAUACAAAAACCACAUAAGAAGUAAAGAACCUUUUUCAAAGUCCAUAUUAAGUAGCAUUUAGUAUUUUACAAAAAUCAUGUAGAGUUUAUUCAAACAAUUUGCCAAACAAUGCCGAAAAGAGUUCAGAAAAACCUUUCAAUUCAAAUAUAUUCGCACGCUUCGAGAACAAAAACCAAAUGCGAAUAGAAAAGCCAACCAAAAAUAACAAAAAAACGCCCAGAAAUUAAACGAUCCUAGAACGAAUGGCAAAAUUUGAUUCAGUAAAAUCCCCAACAAAAAAACAAAAACAUUUCCAAUAGUUCGUAGAAAAUAAUAAAUAAAUAAUUAAAUAAUAUAGAUAACUAAAAUCGGGGGGCUAGUAAGAAUCGUAACGUAUGUAAAUGUAAGCUAGAGGCAAGUUUCGGUCAUGGUUAGGGUACAUCUUGAUUUGGCCGUGCUCAGGGGCGCACCUCUGGCCGGGGGCCCAACAGACUGUUGCGAUUUUGCCUAGUUCCCUUAGUGGGUUAAAUUCAGUUUCCUCGCCCUGGCCGGCGAUGCGCCCCUGGGCGACCAUGGAGUGUUUGUUGUUAAUUAUUAUCCGCAAACAUGCCAACAAACAAAAAAAAAAAAAAA